AUGCCCAAGAAAGCGGUGGUCACCAUACGCUACGGGCCCUACAGCGCGGUGGGCCUGGCCGUGGAGCACCGCACCUUCCGCCUGGAGGGCAUGCAAGCUGUGUUGAAGAAGGACGGGCAUGAGGUCGCCCUGGAGAAGAUAGAAGACUGGGACGUGGUGGAGCUGCUGGUGAACGGGGACGUUGUCUUCCACUGCAACAUUAAGGACCUGGAAUUCGGAGGCGACGGUAAACUCGACCCGCUGUGCGAAGAGGCGAGGGUAGCCGUGCUGAAUGCCUACUGA